ACGUCAAAAUAUGGCGCCUUGAUCAGCUGGGUGUUGUGUAGUGCGUGCUUGAGAUGCUCGUCUUUAGAAAAUCAACCGAGACUGUCGUCUGUCUACUAAGAUACGUUACAGGUAAUCGGGAUGUGUCAAGCAAAUGCACUUCGACAGACAUUAAUCUAAAAAAAAUUAACAUUGGAUAAUGAGACCGUUGAACAGUGAAAUCUGGCAGAACUUCUUUAAAAAAUGAUCAAGGAAGAACUCAACGCGAUAUGCCACCAGAUAGACCAGAUUCCACAGGUAUGGAAAGUGGAAUAGAGUUGAGGUCCAAUCAAAUUUACAAUUUUCAAGAUGCAACUUAUACAACUAAAGAGCGUAAUAAUACAAAUACGUUUGUAGAAUCCAAUUCGAGUUACGAUGUUCAAGAAGAAUUGCCUAUUAAUGACAAAUCAAUAGAAAAGAAUAGUCAAUCGGAUGAUGAUUUAACUUCCCUCAGCUGGUUACAUCAACAAAAUGUACUCAAAGGCUUGGAAAUAUCUAACCCUAGUAAGGAUAUAAAAAAUGAGAAUCUUUUAAAUAACAAUGUAUGCGACGACAUUGCAGAUUUCUCGGAAAAUACUAAUUCUGUUUCCAGUUUGGAUGAUAGUUAUUGUUCAGAAAUUAGAAGUAAAAAGACUUAUUCUACAUCACAAAGCCAUGGACAGCAGCAGCAAAACUAUCAACAUUCGAAUAGGAAUUGUCAGAAGUCUGGUCAAGUGUUUAAUGAUUGCAUAAAAGGUCACUAUGAAAUUUCUCCGAGUGAUCAAACGAAAAUAUCAUUGAGUAACAACAAUUUGCCAGUGUCAAAUCGCAACAAACAUCCAACACAUAUCCCUUAUGAUCCUCACUUACAUAGAAAUAGUAAACCACCAUAUUCUUUUUCCUGUUUAAUUUUUAUGGCAAUAGAAGACAGCCCCGUGAAAGCUCUUCCGGUUAAAGAAGUUUACGCAUGGAUUUUGGAUCAUUUUCCAUAUUUUAGGAAUGCACCAACUGGUUGGAAAAACUCUGUUCGUCAUAAUUUGAGCCUAAACAAAUGUUUUCGUAAGGUAGAAAAAGCUCCAAAUUUAGGUAAGGGUUCGUUGUGGAUGGUAGAUGCUCAAUAUCGUCCAAAUUUGAUACAGGCAUUAUCUCGUGCUCCUUUUCCUCCUCCAACUGCACAAAAUCUUUCUACUCCAGAAAAAAGUCAAAGGAAGAAUGCAAGUGCACGUCUUCCAGAUCCUGUCUUAUUCCCAUAUCUUUCCAAAAGACUGGCAUCUAGCAAUAUUAGCGAAACUCCUGAAACAGAAGUAGAUAGUGAUGUGGAUGCUGCUGCAGCUGCUAUGCUUUCCUUUAAACAUGGGCCAAUUAUUUUGAAUCACAAUAGAGACCGCAAGAAAAAAAUAUUGGAAUCUGAAAAGUUAGUUCCUGUAAUAACAAGAAGUUCUAGCGAAGAUCACACAUAUAGUUGUAUUACAUCAAUUAAAUUGGAAAACAAGUACUCUACCGAGGAGGUGUCUGCUGAUUUUGACGAGCAAAGGAAAAUAGCGGAUGCACUUUUAAAUUUAGCUGGAGUUAAUACGGCACUCAAUAAUAAUAAAAUACAUCACGUACAAGCUAUGAAUCCUGUAUCAAAGACAGAAGGGGUGACAAAAACUAAAAGACGGUUAGUUUCAAACGAUUAUUCGAGCACAGUGGAGAAGAAACGUAAACGUUGGCGAGAGUGGGGAGAAGGAAAUCGGUACCUAAAACAUAUUAGAGGUUAAUACAACAAAUAUAUAUUUGCAUAUGCAUUGUAUAUAUAUUUGCAUAUGCAUUGUAUAUAUAUAUAUGCAUAUGUAUCUAUAUAGUGAUGAAAGAGAGAACUUACAGCUAGUGCGUGUAUCAGAUAGUGUCAAUAGAGUGACACGUUUUAUAAAAGUAUUUGGUAAAGAACGUAUCUUCAUUUUUGCGUUAUUAGCUUCGGCAAGAAAGAAUGAUCUUUAAACAUUUUUGUUCUAUAAAUGAAGUCUUUUAUAUUGACUAUAUUAUAUAUAGGAGUAUUUAUAGAAAACAAAGAAAAAAAUGUAUAUGCGCACGUAAUUAUUAUCUAGAGUGGUAUCGAAAGAAGAAGAAGAAGAAGCAAAAAAAAAAAAAANNNAAAAAAAAAAAAAAAGAAGAAAUCUUUCUGAGGUGCAUUUCUAAAGAAUUGGCGAUUGCUCAGGGCUCAGAACUCGCUAUAUGCCAAAUGAAAUUCGGUAGCACUAAGCAGCAAGCAAUAAUAGUAAUGUAGUUGUAAAAGAGUUACUUUCUAAAGAUGUUAUUUUAACAUUGAGUAGAGGAAAAAGAAAAUGAGAGAGAGAGAGAGAGAGGCGUAUUGAGUAAUGUCAAUGAAGAAAAAAAUGCGAUCGCAUAUUUAAUCUAAGGAAAAAAAAAACGAUGAAGUUUUUAGAACUGUUGUGCUGGUUAUACAUAUUAAUUCAUAGAGAGUUUAAUUAUUGAUAAUAGAGCCUUAUACUAGAUUUUUUUCUGUAGAUAUGUAUAGAGAUAUAUCUAAUAUCUAUUCGAUAGAGAAAUUGAUAAUAUAUUUAAAAGAAAAAAUAAAGUAAAGUAAAGUAAAGUAAAGUAAAAUAAAAUAAAAUAAAAUAUAAUAAAAGAUUAUACAUAACGUGCGCGAACGCAUAUAGAGAUGAGAAAGAGAAGGAAGGGACGCGUACAUAAAAAGAAAAAAAAACGUAUACA